AUACAAUAUAUGGACUUAUAAUAUGAGGAAGGAGAAAUCUUAACCUAAAAAAACGAUAAAUUAGAAGGUAUAGAUAGCGAAUCCUCAUUACGUUCACUUGUAAGAAUUUCUUAUCAACUUAGAGCGAUACUAAUAGAGAUGAAAGAGUGCACAAAACUAUAAAGGAUGAGUUAAGCUCAUUUUCUUAUGUUUGUCCAAUAUUUAAUUUUAUAGGCCAUUGUACAUAAGAUUAAUGCAAGUAUUAUAAUAUAUAUAUUGUAAAAGAAAGAGACAUAUCUUAAUACAAGAUGGAUUAGAUUAAUUAAUAAGUGAGAAUCUACCAUUAUUGAAUGUUUUAGUAAGUAAUGGUGAAAAAGUGAGAGUUCCUUAUUAGAAAAUUCUAAAUAAAGAAAUUCAAAUCUCUAGACAUUAAAUUAUCAAACCUAAAGUGGUAACUAAUUAUAGUUUUGGACUAUGUGAAAAAAACAAGAGAACUUUAAUUCAUAAGUUGAGAAAAGACAUUGAUAAAAUGCAAAAUAAACUUAAGAUUAUAAACUAUUUGAAGAAAUGGGCUAUGCAUAAGUAUGUGGACGAGAGUGAUUUUGUAGAAUUGUACUAUUCACUCAAUCCUUCAUAACAAAUCCAUUUUAUGAAUAUUUUUAGAGUUCUUGAGUUAUAACCACCCUCAUUUCAAUGAUCA